CCGCUGCCCCACACAUCCCCCGUGCGACUCAUCCGUCCUAGCAAUGCCAGUCGACAGAGACCGCAGUGUAUCCCGUGACGAUAGUUCGGAGCCACCCUCCCCCGCGGAGACAAAUAACGACGCCGGAGGCUCGCAGUCUCCCGCCGUCGGGAAGCCGGGACGGAAGAAAAAUCCAAACUCGCAGGCCGCCAGGCGCGAUCAAAAUCGAAUUGCCCAAAGGGAGUUUCGCCUUCGUAAACAACAACGCAUACGCGAUCUCGAGGCCAGCGUCGAGAUUCUAUCCGGCGGCAAGGAUGAAGCUCUCUCACAGCUCAGGAAGGUCCUAAAAGACCUUAUGCAUGAAAACCAGGUGCUCCGAGGUCUCCUCAAGAGCCUGGGCGGCUUUAUUGGUGACGGCGCCGGCGGUAUUCUCACCAAGCUCGGUUGGGACAUGAACGACUUCAACGACAUGGUGAACAAAGCGGAAACCGACACUGCUUGGGAGAGCUACCAACGGCACAAACGCGACAAAUCAGAGCCAGGUCCUUCGGGGGCUGCCUCGUCGUCUAAGCGUCCAGCUGAGGACUCUGACCCGUAUGGUCUUCGACCCAAACGCUCGCGUGCUGCAGAGACCAACGGCGAGUCCUCGCGCUCCAACGACAACUUCCCUCUCCUCGUGCCGUUGAACCCUGCCGUGUCGUCGAUGGGCUCGAACGGGCUGUACCCUCCUAAUCGUACUCACGACGCCGGCUUGCUCUCUGAAUAUUCCCGGCCACCGACCUCCGCGUCCCCGAUGUUUGUCCCCCCACCGUCGUCGCCCUCGGUGAAUCAACACGGGCAGUAUGCGCCUUCCCCGGGAUCAAACAUGUCUAUGAACUUCCCGAACUCGUAUAUGCCUGGCAUGUCCGUACAGUCCGACCCUAUGUCGUCCAUGUCGAUGCCCGGUAACAACAUGGGGCCUAUGGCUGGAUCAUCGAGGGCGGCUUCUGGGCCUCAACAAUUAUCGCCGCAAGCUCAGCAACAGCAACAACAACAGCAACAGCAAACCGAGGAUGAAAUGGAGCCGAAGAAGAACGAUGCCUACAAGCUCAUACACUACCACCUCGACAACUAUAAGCGGAACAACAACUACUGCCUUCCAUCCUCUCUGCGACCGACGCUCGUGCAAAGGACGAUCCCACACGAGAGCGUGAUCGACGGCGUACUGCACCCAGAGCUUCGGGAUCGUAUGAUUCUCCUCCGAGACCGCUUCAACCUUGUGGACUGUCUGCACGACCACCGCUACGCUGUGACUAUCCACGGCGACGACGUGCUCGCCCACAACAACUGGGAGAUCGCCGAGUCGUGGCUCCAGCGGUACAAAUUCUUGGUCGAUCCGGCUACGCUGAGCAUCACCAACCGCUGGCGCAGAGAGCGCGGCGAGCCUGAGCUGCCGCUCAGCGAGUACUCGUCGGAGCAGCCGACACAAGUCUAAGAAAGACGAGCUUGAUUACGUUUGUACUGACAUGUAUACAGCUUUCAUGAUUCGUACGUAGACUCUCACGAACAGUACAUGCCUAGCAGCGAGAAGAUAUUGUAUAACGUAGAUACUGUGAUAUCGGACUAGCGGUGGCUGAACGUUGGGUAGAUACUCUCGCCGGCUGCCCGGUCCAUACGCGCUCUUCACCUGGUGUUACCGAUUCUCGGGCCUUAUAGCUGCAGGGUUUAACGUUUAGGUUUGGGC